AGCUCGUAUAUUAAAACCCGAACGUUUGAAAUUUUUAAUUCAACUUUGUUAUGCCGAAAACGAAGAGAGUGUAAUAAAAGCUUGCACUGUUAUAGAAAGUCUUACAAAGAACCCCAAGUGUAGGGCGAGGUUUGUCUAUUUUGGAGGACUAGAAGCAUUAUCCCAUGCAACCUACCGCUCGUGGGCACGAAAAAAUAAAGGAGACAUCAGCGAUAAUUAUAUGAAAAUUCAACACCUUUGUUGUGUGGCAAUUUUUGACUUGAUAUCUAUGGUAGAUAAUGAUGCUCCUAAAAUUAGGCUACUGGACAAAAAUCCAUCGUUUUUGCCCACAAUCCUAGCUAUAAUGAAAGAGACAAACAACAGGGAGAUCGAGAAGUUGGGUUUGUUUAUAAUCCAUCAAAUUGCAGUGUGUGAACACACCAGAGAUGAGUUAAGCAAACACUGGGUCAUUAUCGAGGUUGUUUCCAAGGUUGUUGUUAAGAGGCAAGGUGAGCCUGUGAAGAUGAGGCUUGCAUUCCAGGUACUUGUCACAUUGGCAAAUAUUUUGAUCGCAAACGAAGAGCAAAAGGUUUUGAAUGAGAUUAGAAGUUAUGGAGUUAUAAUGCCAACAAUUGGUUGUCUUAAGUCGGAUGAUCAUGAGCUUAUUUAUUGGGCAGUUGGUCUUCUGCAUGAAUUUGUUGCCCUUGAUGUUGGCUUACCUGAUAUCUGUGCCGUCCCAAUACUAUUAAGGUCUUUGAGCAGUGUUCUCGUCUCGAGUGAGGCCAGCAUUCAGAGAUUGGUUCUUCGGAUAUUGCGUUUCCUGUCUGAAAGUUCGGACGAUUUUAGAGAGAAAAUUAUACGUCAUAAGCAGCUUCUUGCACGUCUUCCAAUAUGCCUGGCUUCGGGCGACCGUGACGUCACCUCUUGGUCAUUAUAUCUUAUUCAUGAUAUUGCUAAGUCAGGCGUGGAAGCCAUCGAGUUGUUAUAUGAGCACUCGAAGGGGUUAGUCGAAGCAUUGGUGGAAAUGUGUGGCAGGAACGUAUUCAACCAAGAAGCUAACACUAUGUGUCGUUACAUCGCCGAAACAUUGGGAUUUUUCUGCUCUAUUGAGACAAUCCAGUGCCAAGUGGUCAAAGCAGGUGCUCUGAAAGCUGUCCUGCAGUUAUCCAUGAUGGCUGAUAUCGAUAUGAAACUCUGGGCAACAUCGCUGCUUCUCAAUCUAUCAAUGUCUGCCGAUGUACCGAAAGAAGAAAUAAUUAAAAGUGGCGGUGUCAAAGUACUUAUCGAUCUGGCCCUCAGUGAAACUGAUGAGCCGCAGAUUGCAACUCAGGCUGCAAAGACUUUGGUUAUGCUGGGCUUUUUAGACAGUCCUUUAAACGUCGAUCUGAAGUCUUCGAGUAGCGCGUCAUGUAGCGUGGCAGUGGAUGGCAUUGAACACUGUCGCAAUGAUCUGGGUAUCAAUGUGGUAGUGCUUGAUCCAGUUACUUUGAAUGUCGAGGAGACAGAGUCGUUCGAUACUGGGCAUUUUCCAGACGCGUCCAUUAAGUUGGCAGAGUAUAUCCACUCGUUACCUUUGUUGUCGAUAGUGUUUAUUGUCGUUCGGGGAGAAGGGAAUUUCUUUUUGUCAAAUGAAGCAAAAGCUGCCUUAGACAGCGUUGGUAUUCCUGAAUAUGAAUUCGAGACGGGGGAGCUGUGGGUGUUCUCCGGUCAGAAGCGCUAUGGUAUGGAAUGUUUCAGAGAACCACAGUUUAGACAUGGAUACGAUAGCGUUGAUCUAAAAGUCUGUAUUCCCAGAGGUAGCUUCGUGAAUGACCAAGUGAAUGCUCUAAUAAUGGAACCUUUGAUCGAUAUAUUAAUGAGCACUCCACCUGAAAGUGGCAUCAGCAAAGUCUCUGAGCUGACAUUAUCAACAAUAUUCGCCAGGCACGACAGUCAUCGAGUUGUUUUGCUAGAGAGAGAAGGAUUUCUUCCAUAUAUGGCUCAAAUUAUUUGGAACAUGGCUUCACGGUCGUUGGAUGAUUUACGCUCAAAUACGAUGUUAGUUGCGCAUUGCCUUGGCGCGAUGAGGACAGUGGCGGGUUUGAUUAUAUCCGAUACGGCACCAGAAAGAUGUGCUAGGCAUGGUGUCUUGAAAGAGGUUUUGCGUCUUCUGUUCUUCAUCAAUGAUACUUCGUUGGACGUCCAAAAUGAAAAGACAGAAACUCGGAAAAGCGCGAGGAACAGCGAGCUGUCGUUUCUCAGAAAUCCCAUACCUGGUGUGGAAGAAAAGACUCCGUUUUCAUCAGUGACGGACAGUCCAGCGACGCCCACACCCAUGCAAGGUUUGGAAGAAAUUUCACAUGACGAAACGAAGUGCAAUUAUGAAGAUUUGGAAGAAUCUUUUGCCAGCCUUACACAAUUGGCUGUUACCAUACUGUUUCACAGCAGCAAGAGGCUUCAAUUAGCUGACGACUCUAUCUUCAUCUCAUUGUCUGUAAAUGUUCUCUGGUGUACAUUACUCACAUGUAAAGACGAAUUGAAAAGAGCUAUAUCAAUUCCCAUUGAGAACAUCAUCACGAGUCAUGCAAAUAGAAGAAAGUCGUUCAUUGUACACCCAGAGCGACCGUCUGUAUGUCUUAAUGGUAAAGAGAAAACACAGGCGCUGAUAUUGAGUUCCGACAAAACAGAGGUCAUCAACUUUCACUGGACGUUCGAAAGCGUCCAUGCAAAUGCUGCAGUUGGUAGACGCAAGUACACAUCGGGAUCACCUAAACCUGCUGGAUGGUAUUAUGAAGUACAAUUGAUGACUCAAGGGAUCAUGCAAAUAGGUAAGUGGUUGGUCAGUGAAAUUAUAUUUGAUGUUUUAAAAGGCGAGUCAGUUAGUGUUUUCAUUCAAAUAGCGGAAUUAAAAAAAAAUGAUGAAGUUUGUCAAUGCAAAAGUUUUUCAUUCAAAAAUCGCUUUAAAAACCCGGUUAAUGAACUGGAGCAUGCGCAAUAAAUUUUCUGACUGCUCAUAUCGUUGGUAUUUUACAAAUGUCUGUUGCUGAUAUUUUUUCUGAGAAGAAGUUAUGGCUUUGGUAGUGGAAGCACUGGUAUUAGAAUCAUUUGGAAAUUGGAAUAAUAACAAUCAUUCGUCCUGUUAUUAUCGUCCUGUUAUAACCAAUCAUUAACAAUGCUUUUGUGCUGAGUUGAUUCUCACCACAAUACUGGCUGGCCGAACGAGUAAGUGCGAAUACAGUCCGGAGAAAGGCAAUGGUGUUGGUGACGAUUUACAUUCCUAUGCAUUUGACGGUGCUCGGCUCAAAGUUUGGAACGGUCCAGGGUGUCGAAUGGCAAACAAUGAUUAUGGUGAAAUGUGGGCAGCAAGCGACAUCGUAAGCUGUUUAUUAUCAUGGGGCGGUGACAUAGAGUUUUGGUUGAAUGGCGUGAGUCUUGGCGUAGCCUUCGAAAAUGUCAAUACCGAACUGGAUUUCUACCCUGCUGUUUCUCUGGCGAUGGACCAGCAUUGUUCCUUCAACUUUGGGGGUGAUCAACCAUUUAGAUACUCCAUGCCAGAAGGAUAUAUUGCUGUCAACGACGUGUUUGAAAAGAAAGCAUCCCUUAAACGGCCUCGUUCGAAGUCGUAUACAAAGGGAAGUUUUGAAAGCAUCGCUGAAGAAGACGAGGAAUGCGUUGAAGAUGUAAAGAAUCUUCAAAUUGCUCGCCUACAGCGGUGCUGUAGUAGUGAGCCGUCUCUACAUGGUCAUGAGAACAGUAGCUCCUGUCCAAACGAGGCGACGAGAAGGUUAUCAACAUCCACGAACUACAAUUCUGAGCGUCCUUCAACGCCUCUAACUCCUAUGUCGUGGGCUUCUUCAACGCCGUCCACACCAUUCACACCCAUCACACCGUUAUCACCAUUUUGGUCGCCGGCGUCAUCACGUAACACUCCAGAUCUAUUUUCUGGCAUUCCUUGCGUGUAUUUCGAAACUGAAGUUAGGGAAUGCGGCCGUCGAGCCUGGAAUGUUGGUUACUACUGCCAGAAGUCGGGCGAGCAUUGUUCAUGCGAGUUCCACGACGGCCAAACGAUGUCCUUUCCCUUAUGGCUAGGCAAGAACGCCGAUGUCGUGCGAGCACCGUCAGUAAUUGGCUGCGGCUUACUGUGGCCCGAUGGAGUGUUUCUUACUUUAGACGGAGUGUACAAUAACACCGUGUAUCCGUUUAAUGAGGUUGGCUUCGAAGAGGGAGAGUGUCUGCCU